UCAACGCUUGCUUCGACUAACCUUCACAAGAAAGUAUAAACUUGCUCCUGACCCACGGUGAUUUCAGUGCUCGGACGAAUUCUACGAUGAAACUGAUACUUAAGUGGGGAGUAUUUUUGUGUGUCUUUGGAGUAGGUGGCUGUCAGUUUUUAUACAAUGACUAUGAAAAAAUUCCACCACUCAACCAGAUGGACAGAUUUCUACAAUGUAGGGAAAAGGAAAAUUUAUUCUGCCUGAUGCAGUUUACGCUGAGACCUAAAAAUACUAACAGUAGGGUUUGGCAACUUAUUCAGAAAUCGAAAGAAAACCCAAAUGCCUUCAAUCGCGAUGUGGUGAAUCGACUUCGAUGUUUCCCCAGAGACCUUGUCAAAAGAAAAGAAGAGCUGAUCGGAAAUGCAACUUUCAGAGAAAAUAGUCUACUAAGUAACUAUUCGCUGAAUGCUCGGCUGAACACAAUUGAUUGUAAGAACUAUUCGGAACCAAAAAAGCUCACAACCUUUGAUUACAGUGUACUAUACUCUACACUAGCUUGGUUUGGUAUAAUAGCUGCGGCUACCUUGUGUGAUGCAGUGUUCAGAGUUGGUAAUUUUGGUGAAGCUUGGACUUAUAUCAAAUCCCUGUCUCUACUCAGCAACUGGGAAGAUCUCAGGGCUCCUGUCAAAAACGAGGAUUAUCAGAGGCUUAAAGGUCUGCAAGGCAUCAGAACAUAUAACAUGAUAAUAGUAAUACUGGGACACACGGUUUUUAACUGCCUCUUUUCGUUUACUUCUGACGUUGGUUGGAUAGAAACGUUCUACAGAACCGGCUACAGGAAAUUUGGUCUGAACUUUGGAUUGCAUAUAGUUCAAACUAACUUCGUUAUUUCAGCAUGGGUCUUAUCCAGUAAUUUGUACUCAUAUAUUGAAAAGAAUAAGAAACUCAGCAUCAAGCUUAUUCUGAAAUGGAUAAUUCUGAGAUACCUCAGGUUACUCCCAGUUCUUGGUUUCAUUGUUUGCUGGGAAAUGAGUAAUUGGCCCAGCAUCUGGAUUGCUGGUCCCCCAUCUGAGAGAAACGAUAUGGAUUUCAGGGCUUGCCAGAAAAACUGGUGGGCAACUUUGUUACUUGUUAAUAACUAUUUUCUCCAAAGUGAUAUGUGUAACAUCGGAACUUGGUACUUAUCGAACGACUUCCAGAUGUUCCUUUUGGCUAUGAUUUUGUUUUAUGUGAUGGUGAAUUAUAAAAUCGGAGAAGAAAUCAUUCUGUGGACGAUGGGAUUCUUCUGGUUGAUGCAUGCAUCUCUUAUAUAUUACAACAAUUAUCCAGUUAUUUUUGAUUUUUCGCCUGAGAAUUCCAAAGUGGAGAACUCAGUAGGAUCGAAUAUACUGUGUGUUCUAUAUUCAUCCUUCUACUCGAAUUUUGGAGGAUAUGGCAUAGGCCUCAUUUUUGGAGGACUCUACCACAAAUACAAAAAUCAUACCAUCAAAGUGAAUGAGGUGGUUACAUAUUCCUGGUUACUGGUAUUUUUCGGAUUACCAAUCUCCGCGGUGUAUCUAUCACUUUUUGAAUAUCCCCGUCUUUUAUCAGCAAUUCUGGGGGCCACACUCAAACUGGUGUUUUCACUUGGAGUUGCGGUAGGCAUUUUGGGAUUGUCUCAUGGAAUAGGAGGUGUCGUUAAAAAAAUUUGUGAAUGGGACUACCCAGUAUUUUUGGCCAAAUGGGCUUACUCCACCUAUCUCGUUAACUUUCUGAUCGUUUUUGGAAGAUAUCUUUUGAUAGACGAAUUGAUACCUCUGAACGAUGAAAUAAUGUGGAAGUCCAUAUUCUCCGAUAUAAUACAAGCCUUUGCAGCCGGAUUAGUCGUACAUUUGUUGAUAGAACGCCCUCUAUCGAAUGUUCUCAGAAACUUAGCGUCACAAGAGAGCACUGUCAAAAUCAAAAGCCGAUGAGAUGCUACAGAUGAAGAUCAUCAACUUUCCCGUUGAAUGCUAGAUUGUUUUCCGUCAAGUGUUUUUACUGUUGACUUUUUUAAACAGAUAAUAUGCGACUGAAGUGAAUAAUAUGAUAAUUUGUUAUAUAUAAGGAGGCAAGUUUUUCCAGAAUGAAACAGUUUCAAUGACAUAGGUUUUCUGUUUUCAUCUCACAGCCUUUCUAUGACAAUAUUUUUGGGUUUUUUCAUCAAUUGUAGGAUUCUAUCCGAAUGAAUUUUCCCAAAGAAAACAUGAACAACCACAGCUGAUUAUAUAACGCCUUAUGAGUCGUAUUACCUUCAAUUUUUAUCUGUGAGGUGAUACGAUUCAAAAUUACUUCUUUAUGAUAACUUUCGUGAUACGUGAUAUAAUGAAUAAGCAAUUUAUUUUUUAUUUCUUGCUUCUACCAAAAAAAUAGAUUUUUCUGGAAGUUAGUUGCGAUCUUUGAUUUGGGCAUAAAAUACUUGUUUUGUGGUUGAUGUGGAGAUAGAGUUGUCGCAGUGUUUAUAUCAUUCGACUUCAAAAUUACAGAUCAAUUACCCAGAUCUGUUGUCAAGUUUCAUCACCGAUCGUGAUGAAACUUGACAUGUGUACGUUAUUUUUCAUAGAAAAGGUUU